UCCAGCAUGGUCAACGACACGAAGGAAGCAAUCUCGGAGGCAACGCACGACCUGUCGCUGGACGUUAAAUCUCAGACUUCAGAAACCGAGCAGCUCGACGCAAACAUUUCUCAAAAGAGCGAAAGCGAGGGCAGUAAGAUUGAAGAACCACACCAGGACGAGGACGAUGGCGGCGUGAGCGAAGAAGAACUCGACGACGGAGAAGUUAAGGACGAAGUCAUGGACGACGAUGACACCAAGACGCUCCUCUGGUCAAUCCUCGACAGCGUCGUCACCGAAGGCACUUUCGCCACCGGCAACCAGCUCCCCGAUGCCUUCCCACCCUCGCUGCUGCGCGUCGACGGCGUCGGCCGCAUUGCCUUUCCGCUGUGCCCCGAGCAAGCCGUGACGCUCAAGGCCGCCUGCAGCAUCUCGCCAUUUGGCCGUGGUCACGACACGGUCAUUGACACCAACGUCCGUCGCAGUGUCGAGGCGCCCGCCGACAAAGUGCACUUGUCGCCAGCGUGGACGGCCGCCGUCAACCAGUUGGCCAUUGACGCGUGCGAGAAGCUCGAUCUCUCGUUCGCUGUCGACGCGCACUUAUACAAGCAGCUCUUGUACGAGGCGGGCGACUUUUUUCUCGAGCACCAGGACACGGAGAAGGAGCCGGGUAUGUUUGGGACGCUGCUCGUUCAGCUUCCGGCGGAGCACACGGGCGGUCACUUGGACACGCGCUGCAUUAUUGUGCUUUCUUUGCCGACGUGCACCACGCCGUGGCGCCCUUGACGUCAGGCCACCGUCUCGUGCUGACGUACAACCUCGUGCGUCGUG